AAAAUAUCUGGCUAUUUUUGGAAUAUACUCUCCGUAUACUUGUGUGCUGCAUUGGAAAAUUUCUACACCGCUCAAGAAAAAGACCUUAAGAAUUAUAUUAUUCAAAAUGAUAAUGCCUCACUCACCGCACCAUUGUGUACAUUGAGUUGCAUUUCGUUUUCAGUUUGAGUUGGAUAUUGAAAUGUUUUCGCGAAAAAGUUCUCAAAAGAAAAACAAAGCCAAAAUGAAAGCAAGAAGCAGCACAAGGCGAAGCGCGAUCGCAAUGUGAAAUGUUUUUCAAUGGGGCAAGGCAAUCAGGAAUGAUGAAGAUCGGCCAGAUAUAUGUAUACUUAUGGGAUUAAGAACGAAGAACAAUGGAACAUGGAAAUCCCAACUGGAUAUUCGAUAUAAUUUGUGGGAUAAUUCUCUGCCCUUGUGGGUGGGAUUUGAUUAAUUUGUGCCACAAAAAAGAGUCCAUUAUAUGAGAAAGAUUUCCGCUUAUGUGUGUGCACACUGGCAUACAAACAGAAUUCCCAUGCAGGAUGGAUUCCAAUUACUUCAACUUCCCCUUUUAGUUUGCAAACAUUUUUGUCUUUUUCCGUCUGAUUUCUUCAGAACUCUACCACACAGCUACAGCUACAGCUACAGAUACAUUGUUGAUUUGUUGUUUUUCGUUUUGAAUAUAAAGUUGAAUUUUUGUAGUCUGUUGUGUGUGUGUUAUGCGAUAGGAUAGGUGGUAGCGUUUCGUUUGAGGUAUUAAAUUACAAGACACCAAAGUGCGCGCCAAGCGAACACGCUCGCACACACACACACACAGAUACAUUUCAAUAUGUGUACGUGUAGCUGAGGAGAUACAAAGAUACUCGGCGCGGUGUAUAAAUAUAUCGCCGUGUGAUUCUGCCUCUUGCAUGCGUAUCCAAUGGAUGCGAAACAAUAUGCAAAGCAGAGAGCCCAAUAAAGAGCGGCAACCAAAAAAAAGAAGAGUAUCUACAAGUAUCUGUAGCUGGAGCUGCGACUCUGUAAUUAAUUAUGUUGAAUGGGUGGAGUGUAUGGAGUACCCCCACAGAUCCACUGAUUGAUGUACUCGAAAGUUCAGUUGUUUACAGUGGCAAGAUCAAUGACUUGGCCAGCUAUAAAUAUCUCUACGUGCUGCUGCUUGCUUGCAAUCCACCUUUGACCCCUUUGGCGUCUUCUGUCUUGUGUUCCAGCCACGAAGAAAUGUCCGCCAAAACGUCCCCGUCUAGCUCCCGGGAUGCCAGCGUUGGUGGCGCCGCAAACGUGGCCGGACCCGUGCAAAUCAAAAAGGAACUGCCCAGCGAUGAGAUCAAGGAAUUCGCGCACAGCACCAUGAACGAGCUGCUCGGCUGGUACGGCUUCGAUGGCGUCGAUGUGGAUCGCCUGGAUCUAACCGCCAAGACAUCGCGUCUGCUGCAGAGUGCCGCCGCUGCGGCUGCGGCCAGUCAACAGCACCAGCUGCAACAGCAGCAGGACCAGGAGCAGCAGCAGCAGCAGCAACAGUUGCUGGAGCGGCGUCGCACUGGUUUACUGCGCAGCAGUCGCACCUCACUGGCCGCCGCUUAUCAUAGCAACAACAACAACAACAACAACAACCACAGCAGCAGCAGCAGCAAUGGGAAUGCCGUUGGCCGUAAGGUCGGAGGAAUGCAAAAUUGCAAUCGAACGACAACGGCGACGCCCUCGGAUCAUGACACGCGCAGCUCGCGGGAGGAUGACUCCAAGAGUCCCAACUCAAUCGGCAAGCCGGCCACGACAGCGGGGCUGGCUGUGCCGCCCACAGAGGAGAAAAUAGACUACAACAACUGCUGCUGGUGCCAUCGACCGAUUGCCGAGAAUGCGCCGGACUAUCUGACGAGCAGCGAUGGGCCGCGCUACUGCUCCGAGUCCUGCUUCACGCAGAGCCGGAGGGCGUGCUUCAAGAAGGCCAAGACCUGCGACUGGUGCAAGCAUGUGCGGCAUGCCGUCAGCUACGUGGACUUCCAGGACGGCGCCUCGCAGCUGCAGUUCUGCUCGGAGAAGUGCCUCAACCAGUACAAGAUGCAAAUCUUCUGCAACGAGACGCAGGCGCAUCUGGACAUGAAUCCGCAUCUGCGGGACCAGGCCAUGGAGGCGGGCAGCGAGGCGGGUCUCAUAACGCCGGAUCUCUGGCUGCGCAACUGCCGCAGUCGCUCGGCCUCGCCCGCGUCCACGGUGUCGGUGUCGCCGGGACCACCAGCAGCACCAGAGCGCAGCACGGCAGCCACACCCAACGCAAAGCGCAGCUCGCCCAGCGUCACGCCGCCCAGUAAUCCGAGCAAACCUUUGAUCUCAGUGGCGCCUGUGUCCAAGCUGCUGGCACAGAAGAGUCCCGCUCCAGCGGCAGCUGCACCGCCACCGCCGCCACCACCGCUGCAGCGGCACCAACACAACAGCAACAGCUCCUUGGGUUCAGGUCGGGACGCGGGACUCAAGCAUGGCCGGCGCAAGCGUCCGCUGCGUGGACCAGGCUCCUGCUCCUCCGGCUCGGAGACGGUGGCCAGCAUGCUCCAGAAGCAACAGCAGCAGCAGCCACCGACGCUCAGCGCAGACUUUUCCGGUUCCAGCGUGCCGUUGCCUCCUCUGUCGCCCAUGCCGGAACCCCACCACCCACAGCAGCAGCAGCAGCAGCAGCCACCGCCCGUGGUGCCACAACAGGUGCUGGGCAGGGGCCCAACUGCCAUACCCCCGAGCUACUUUGCCACACCGCCCAAUGGGCAUCCGAUGGGUCUGCCAUUUGGCAGGCAUCCCGCGCCGCCGCCUCAUCACUUUAUGCCGCCGCCGCACGGCAUGAUGCCGCGAGCAUUUCCGCCGCCCUUUGGCCUGCCCAUGCCACAGGCACAGCUGCCCGAGCAUCUGGGUGCUUUCGGGGCAAUGCUGGGCGCGGUGCCGCCCGUGACCGUGAUGGUGCCGUAUCCAAUAAUCAUACCGCUGCCCAUACCCAUUCCCGUGCCGCUGCCCGUCAUGGACUUCUACAAGGCGCACCUGACGCCCGAGCAGCGGAAGCGCUUCGACGAGGAGCGGGCCACGACGAGCCGGCGGAGCAAGGAGGAGCAGCCACAGCCACUGGACUGCAGCAAGUCAAGGAGUGAGCAGGAGCAGCAGCAGCGGCAGGAUGCAGCGCCAGAAGAGGAGCAGAAAGCGACGAUGCCAACGCCACAGCUCAAGGAGGAGCAGCUGGAGCAGGAGGAGGAGGAGGAUGAGAAGGAGAAAGAUGAAGAUGUUCAGGUGGACGAUGAUGACAAUGAUGACGAUGACAAUGAUGAUGAGGGUAAGAAAUCCAUACCAAAGACAAGCUCUGCCGGCCGCGCUUCUCCAGCCUCCGCUUCGCCGUCGUCGCCUGCGUCCUCAUCGCCGGCCACAGAUGCCAACUCCUCGCAGGAGACACACUGCAUUGUGCGCGACGAAACGCAAUCGGAGAGCAAUCAGGACAGCCAGAAACUGCCCAAGUUGAAAAUUACACGACUGCAAAGCAAACGGACGCUAAACCAAACCAAAGAAGAGCCAAACGCAGCCUCAGCAGCAGCUUCCGUUCCAGCUGCAGCGACACCUGCGGGCAGCAGCAGCAACAGCAGCAGCGCUGCCUCCGAAUGCAGUCGACCGCUGCGCAAGCGUAAACGCAUAAUUGACUGCGAUUUCCAGAAGAUGGCGCUGCGAGAGCUGGAGCCGAGCGACGGCCACAAUCAGCAACAGGACGAGGACGUGGAGUGCAAUAAUAUAAACAACAGCAAUAGCCAGGGAAGCGGCAAUGCUAAAGCUAAAAAGUAAAUUUUAGUAGAAUUAAUAGUAGAACUUAUCAAAAAUAUUACCAUGUAUAAUUUAUCCAUGAAUGACGUGUGUAUGUGUAAGAGAGAGAGAGGCGCGAAUGGCGGAGCACAAAGUGCUCGAAGAAUUUAAAUAAAUAACAAUUUAAAUUAUUAA